AUGUUGAUAAAGACAAGCUUUGAUGAUGAAACAGUAGUUCUACCUGACACACCUCCACCACCCCCACCAUUACCUGUUGAGUCUCAAAGCGAAGCUCCAGCGCUGGUAGAAAUAUGGAUUUACGAUGAUCCGAAUGAAGCUCUCAUGUUAGUGGAGAGGCAUCCUCCCAAUCGCUCAGUAGCUCCACCACCUCCACCACCUCUAGACGAAGCUCCAAUGCUGGAAGAUAUAUGGUUGCACGACGACCCGGACGAAGCUCCUAUGUUGGUGGAAUGGCAUCCUCCCGAUGGAUCAGUAGCCCCACCACCUCCACCUCCAUUUGGAGCUCCAAUGCUGGAAGAGAUAUGGUUGUACGAUGAACCAGUACCUCCACCACCUGUUGAGCCUAGAGACGAAAGUCCAGUGGUGAUACUUCACGGCGUACCAGUAGACCCACCUCACGUUGAGUCUCCAGACGAAGCUCAAGACUUCGAUGCGAUAGUCUCGGCCCUUGCCUCUCGCCAUCUGGGUGAAGUCCAACUCACAUUCUCAUGGUGGCGGAUGCAUCAUGACACGGAAUAUUCUCGGAACCGAUUGACUGGCCAUCUCACCGAAGGCAUCGAACACGAGGAUAUAGAUAUCCUUGAUUACCUGUUGCAGCAGGGAGUGCCUUUCACACUCCGCCAAAUCGAGCCAGCUAUUCGGAAAAAGUCUAUUUCUAUGCUCGAUAUGUUUCUACGCCAUGGGUGGGAUAUCAACGAGCCUGAGAGCUGGAGUACGCCUCCUCUGUUAAGGCGAGCACUUUCGAACGAAGAUCUGAUAAUGUAUUUUCUUCGCAACGGCGCAGAUCCCAAUGCCAGGUGUGCUAUACUGGACAUCACUCCUUUGUCUUACGCCCUUGUAUCAGCCUCCCUGUCGACAAUUCAGUUACUGUUCGAUCACGGCGGAUCAGUCCAUUGCGGCCAGCUUUUGCACUAUGCAGCUAUGAGGGAAAGCGAGGACCGCCUUCGUGUAUACGAAAUCCUGCUCCAGAAGGGAAGCAGAAGCCGCCUUAACACUCUUCUAUAUGCCGACGAUCAGAAGAGUAUGAACAUGAUGUGCGACACUCCGCGAGGGACUCCACUUCAUCGAGCUGCUCAACAGGGCUACGUUGAUGUGGUCAAGUUCUUACUGGAGAGUGGAUGCGAUCCGGCCAUUAGAGACACAAGAGGAGAGACUGCUUUGGACUGGGCAGAGUAUUAUGGCCACUGUACUGUAAUGGAGGUGCUGCAGAGAGUCACUCCGUUGCAAGAUUAG